GUGGAAUGAACUAUUUGCGCACUGUCUGCAAGAUGAUGUCGGUUUUUUUUACGUUUUUUACCUAAUACGCCUGCAUGUUAGGUGACCACACAGGUGAAUAACACAUCGGGCACAUCUCAGCUGCGGGAAUGAAAUCGAACGCACCCUCAAUAUGCUGGGGCCUGAGAGAGUUAACUUCUAGGUGACAAGUAUGUUCUAUGGGUGAUGGUGUCCUAUGUUUUGUGAACACGUUUUUGUUUGAGGUUAUAUUUUCUUCGUUUUUUGGUGGUUUUCUCAAAUGUGUUUAAAAAUUACUUAAUUGAAUAUUUUAUAUACUAAAAUGGUAAAUACUGAAGAAGAAAAUUUCCCACGUGGAGGCAAAAGGCCGACCGCAACUGUAAAACGAAAACCUCAAGAUGACAAUGUGAGUAUUUAAGUAUUUUACUGAUUGGAUUCUCGAUUUAACGUAUUUGUCGUAGCUCUUUGCAAUAGCACGACCACCAAAGGCAAAAAAGCAGAAGAAAGCUAAACAGGCGAAACAGGUUUUGAGCGAAGAAUCUUUUUAUUCACAGUUGAAGCUACAUGGUUCUUUAACUUAUCAUAAAAUCCAAGAUGGUAUGAUUAUCCUUGGUUGUAUAAGGCAUAUUACUACAUUUUCUUUAGAAGUGGAAUUGCCAGGUCUCACAUUUGGCCAUGUGAAAGUUACAAACAUUUCAGAUCCUUUCACAAAAUAUUUAAACAAAAUGUUAGAGGAAAAUGAUGAAGAGAGUGAUACAAUACUGAAAAAGAUAUUCCAAGUAGGACAAUAUUUGGUGGUUAAAGUACUGAAAGUAGAGCAUACAGACACCAAAGUCAGUGUUGAAUGUUCAACAAACCCAAGAGAUAUUAACAUUGAGAAAGGACACACGUCAUUCAAAAAAGGAGUUCUUGUUUGGGCCUGUGUACAAUCCCAGUUGGAUCAUGGAUAUGAAAUGAGUCUGGGAGUAAAGAAUUGCAGAGCUUUCUUACCUAAUAAAAAUGUGGAUCAAGACAUUACCCUCAAUAUAGGGCAGCCCAUGUGGUGUGCAGUUCAUAAAAGUGAAUCAACAAGUGUAGCAUCAACAUUGAGACUGAGUGCCAAGCAACAGCAUAUCAGUGCCAAUAAAAUUGAAGAGAUAGGCAGUAUUAAUGAUUUAAUACCCGGAAUGCAAGUUAAUAUGUUGAUUGAGAAAGUUACUAAUAGGGGUCUACAAUGCAAAUUUCUUGAAGAUUAUUUUGGCUAUGUACAUGAAACACAGCUGAGUUCUCUAAAAAAGUCACCUAUAUAUUAUCCUGAAGGUAAAGUGGUAACAGGAUAUGUGUUGUAUGUAGAACCUGCACUGAAGGUCACUCAUCUGACCAUGAGAAGUAUGGAGAGUGUUCGAGAACCCAAACAUGCUAUUGGCGAAAUACUAACUGUAGAGGUGUCAUCCAAAGCUAACAAUGGGGUGUAUUUAAAAUUGCCAGAUGAUGAAAAAGGUUUUGUGACAAACAAAAGGCUGAUAAACUCUUUGCCUAAACAAGCAAAUGUAGAUGUCAACAAAACUAUCAAGGCAAAGUUUUAUCCUGGUAGCAAACAAAAGAGUAGAAUUUUGGAUUACAAUCGUAUUUCUAGGCUUUACGUUUGCACUUUGGAACAAGACAUAAUUAAGGAGAAAACGUUUACCCUAAAGGACGUAAAAAUCGGAGAACUACUCAAAGUGAAAAUCACAACUACAAAACCUGAGGGUCUAGUAGUAUCAGCUGGUCUUGUUACAGGGUUUGUUCCAAAUUUGUAUCUGUCGGAUGCAGCAUACAGUGACAAUUUGAAGAAAAAGUACAAUGAGGGGCAAACAGUCGAUUCUAGGGUGUUGAGUAUCAGUAGCGAAAAUAAUGUACUUUUUACUUUAAAACGAAGUCAAGUUGAAAAUGAUAAGUGCCUCACUUCCUUGGAACAAGCAAAAAGAGGUGAACAAUACCCUGGCGUCGUAGCUAAAACACAUUCUGGAGGAGCUUUUAUAGUUUUCUAUGGGAAUGUAACAGGGUGGUUGGGUAAAAAGUAUCUGCAAAGUGACUCUGAUGUCUCUGAUCCUACACAAUAUUUUUAUCAUGGACAGGUUGUUAAUGUUUGGAUAAGAGCUGUAUUGGAAGAUAAAGUCAUUUUAUCUUUGACCAAACCUGGAGAAUACAAAAAAACAAUAGAGCUUCCUAUUGGUAGAAGAAUUGCUGGAAUAGUGGGUCAAGUACACAAGGAUAAGCUCGAUGUUAACUCAAAAAGCGGAAAGCUGUUGGGCACUGUUCCUAUGAAUCAUUUAAGUUGCAGCUUGGAUCUGUGUCCUGUAUUCAUGAAGAGGUUUACAAAAGGAGAGGAGAUACGAGAUUUAAUGUGUAUAGAUAAUAGAUCACAACCCAAUGUUUUGUCUAGGCGAGAAGGUUUAGUUUUCACCCGAAAAGCAAAUACUAAAAUAAAAGAGUUUGCAUAUCUCAGAAAAUCCGAAAUAAUAAGGUGUUCUUUCGUGGAAAAUGCUGAUUCUGGUAUUUAUGUUAUGCCACAUAUUUUGGACUACACUGAAAACGUUUUGAUUAAGAAUGAGGAUAUUGUCUCAGAAAAAUCAAUACCAAAAUUCAAGCUGCACCAAAGUAUACUAGCAAAAAUAGUAAACAUAGAUAGAAAAUCAAAAAUUCUCCAUUUAACUGCUAGGCUGGAAAAGGUGUUUGACAAUAAUGUUAAAGCGACUAUGGAACUGUUUAGUCGUUAUAUAGUUGAUAGAAAACAACUUAUAAGUUAUGGUAAAGAUAAUGACUGGAAAAUAUGUCAAUAUAACCCUGGAGAACGUGUAAAGUGCAAAGUUGAAAAGUUAGCUAAAGAAGGGGGAUGUUUGGUAACGUUGCCUAAUGGUGCACAAGGAUUGGUAGCGUCUCACUUGUGCCCAACAACGCUCACAGAAGGGCAGAAAGUGGAAGGAGUGUACCUAGAUGUUGAUUUGAGGGACGAAUAUGCAGAAAUAUGCCUAAAGAAUAACAUUAAUCAGAAGAUCAGUAAAAACCAAGAUGGAAUGAUUAACAAUCAAAAAAUCUCAUCUGUCAGAGUAGAUAACCUGCUGAUCAAGACUGAUUAUGCCCUGACACUGUUGCGACAUGGAGGUAACAGACAAAUUGUCUACAUUCCUCUACGUCUUCACGAAAACGACUUCUUUGGGUGUAAACAGACCUACAAGCAGAAACAGUUCAAAAUAUGCAUAUGUGCCAAAACUGUGAAUUCAGUAUUAGGAAUAAGUAAGACGUUGUUUAUGAAUUUAGAGAAGAAACGUUUGAAAAAAGAGAAACAUAAAAAGGAGGUUGCGACUACAAAGGCAAAGAAAAAAUCGAUAAACUCAAAUGUGGAUAAGAAAAAUAGAGUAGUAAUGGAGGACGAAACAACUAGUGAGAAUGAAGCAAUGCACGGAAAUGAAGUUUCCGAAGAUGAUGAUGAAGGCAUAGGUAGUAAGAGUGUUGAAGAAACUGAUGAUGAUGCAGAUACUGAUGAUCAUGACAAAGUAGAUAAUGAAAUUGUUGAAAAGUUGAAUGAAGGAAAGGAUGCAGAUAUUGAAGAAGAUAUAGAGGCACAUGAGAGUGAGGGAGAAGAUAUGGAUGGGGAGGCAAUAGAGCAGUGUAACGAUUCUAAAGAAGGAUCUGAUGUUUCAGACAGCAUACAUGGCAGUGCAACGAAACCUGUGCUUUCUGGUAUAUCGUCAUUUUUCAAUGUGCAAACUGAAAACCAGAAGGAUGAAAGCUCAUCAGAUGAAGAAGAGCAGAUUGAUACAAUGAAGAAAAAGAAGAAAUUAACAGCAGCAGAACGCGCUGAACUGGCGAAAAAAGAAGAAGAACGCAUUUCUAAAAUUGAGAGAGAACUAGCUGACGCUACCAAACCUCCAGAAAGUGCAGAACAUUUUGACAGGUUAUUAGUCGGCAAUCCCAAUUCUUCAGAGUUGUGGACUAAAUAUAUGUCGUUUCAUAUUGCCAGUACGGAAAUCGACAAGGCUAGGACAGUGGCCAAGAGAGCUUUGCAGGCAAUCAAUGCCACAUUAGUCGAAGAGAGGCUAAACAUUUGGUUGGCUUUGCUGAAUUUGGAGAAUAUGUUUGGUACAAAGGAUACUUUUGAGAAGACAUUUGAAGACGCAGUCAAAUACAACGACUCUUUGGCAGUUUUUAUUAAAUCCAUACAAAUGUUGGCAGAAGCUGGAAAAGUUGCUGAUAUGGAAGAAAAAAUUUCCAAAGUGCGCAAGAAACACAAAGCUGAACCAAAAAUGUGGUUGGAGAUAGCUAAAACAUACUAUCAGAUUAAUAAGUUUAAGGAGGCUAGGAAUCUGAAAGAAGCUGCACUUAAGUCCAUUUUGGAUAAGAAAACUCAAAUGGAACUAAUAGUCCGUUUUGCCAUAUUGGAAUUCAAAUAUGGUGAAGAAGAACAUGGAGCAGCUAUCUUUGAAACUAUUUUGAGUUCAGAACCUAGGAAAGUGAACAUUUGGACGACUUAUGUUGAUCAGCUGGUUAAGAAGGGUAAAAUUGAUCAGGCAAGGAGGGUAUUAGAGAGGUCAGUUUGCCAAAAACUGCCCCUAAAAAGCAUAAAAACGCUUUUCCUCAAAUUUAGGAUGUUUGAGGAACAACAUGGUACAUCAGAAGCUGUAGAAGCAGUUAAACUGAAAGCAAAAGAGUAUGUAACUAGAGCUCUUGAUAAGCAUUGAAAGCCUUGAAUUUUUUAAACCAUUUUUUUGUAUUUGUUACGUGUAUUUACAGAUAUGUUGAUAAUUAGGCGAACAAAACAGUAUAUUUUUAUUAAAUGAAUGUUUUCAUUUUUUUAUUACCUGUGUUAAAAAAUAAAGGAUGUCCUUAUGUUUUUUUUACUUUAUAUUGUUACGCCCAUGCGGAAUGAGGCGUCAGCGAUAGGCGAUGUAUGGGUGAAGGUCGAAGCAAGGAG